AUGUCUGAAAAACCAGUUGUAGCCAGUGGCAAUCAGCCGAUCGUUAAAAUAGGUCAUUACACGUUAGGAGCCACUCUUGGAGUGGGUACAUUUGGUAAAGUUAAAAUUGGUGAGCACCAACUGACCAAACAUAAAGUUGCCGUGAAGAUUCUUAACAGACAGAAAAUUAAGUCACUCGAUGUUGUUGGGAAAAUUAGACGUGAGAUUCAAAAUUUGAAGUUGUUUCGACAUCCCCACAUAAUUAAAUUGUAUCAGGUGAUUUCUACUCCAACAGACAUUUUCAUGAUUAUGGAAUAUGUGAGUGGAGGAGAACUGUUUGACUACAUUGUAAAGAGGGGAAAGCUUCAGGAACAUGAAGCAAGACGAUUCUUCCAACAGAUAAUCUCAGGAGUUGACUACUGUCAUAGACAUAUGAUUGUACAUAGGGACCUUAAGCCAGAAAAUUUGCUCUUGGACCACAACAUGCAUGUGAAGAUAGCAGACUUUGGAUUAUCCAACAUGAUGAUGGAUGGGGAAUUUCUGCGAACAUCUUGUGGGUCGCCAAACUAUGCAGCACCAGAGGUCAUAUCUGGUAAGCUGUAUGCUGGUCCAGAAGUAGAUGUGUGGUCUUGUGGCGUCAUCCUCUACGCGUUACUAUGUGGAACCCUGCCAUUUGACGAUGAACACGUGCCAACGCUCUUCCGCAAGAUUAAAUCUGGAAUAUUCCCCAUUCCUGAAUAUCUGAAUAAGAAUGUUGUCAGCCUCUUGUGCAUGAUGCUCCAAGUGGACCCAAUGAAGAGGGCGACUAUAGAGGACGUAAAGAAACACGAAUGGUUCCAGAAAGAAUUGCCCGAGUAUCUUUUCCCGUCACCAGUUGAACAGGACAGCAGUGUCAUUGACACCGAGGCUAUAGCCGAGGUGUGCGAGAAAUUCAGCGUCAAAGAGCACGAGGUGCACAACGCUCUUUUGAGCGGCGACCCCCACGACCAGCUCGCCAUCGCUUACCACCUGAUCAUAGACAACAAGCGGAUUGCGGACGAGGCGGCGAAGGCGGAAAUCAAGGACUUCUAUGUUGCCAGCAACUCCCCUCCAGCGAUAACGGAAAGCGGUCGUCCCCAUCCCGAACGAAUAGCGCCGCUUCGUAGCAAAGAGUCGCCAGCCGCACAGCCCGCUCAGGACAAACAAAGGGGCACCCCCGUGAAACGGGCGAAGUGGCAUUUGGGAAUCAGAUCCCAGAGCAAACCCAACGACAUCAUGCUAGAAGUGUUCCGCGCGAUGAAAGCUCUCGACUACGAAUGGAAAGUGAUUAACCCAUAUCAUGUGAGGGUACGCACUUUAAACAAAAUGACGGAUAAACACGUGAAGAUGUCGCUGCAGUUGUACCAGGUCGACUACAAGUCUUAUUUGCUGGACUUCAAGUCGCUUUCCGGCGAGAAGGAGGACUCUGAGGACGAAGUGACGUCACCGAUGGUCGCCGCCCUCCCCCCCAACCCCGCCACAAUCCCCGCACAGCCGCAAGGCCACCACACCAUGGAGUUCUUCGAGAUGUGCGCAGCCCUAAUUAUACAACUGGCACGA